GGGGGCGAGGAAUGCUGGGCCUGGCUGUGCCCAGAUGCUGGGGCCCCUGGAGGGCCUGGUCCGGGGCCUCCCUGUUCUCGGCCCUCUGGCUGCUGUGGCUGUUCUGGGAGGCCCCCGGGGGAGCCCCCGCGCCCCAGCGCACGCUCACCAUCCUGGUCUGGAACUGGCCCUUUGCCCGCCGGCCCCCGGAGCUGCGCAGCGACACCUGCGCCCGCCUCGGCGUGGCCCACUGCACCCUGAGCACCAACCGCAGCCUGCUGGCCCUCGCCGACGCUGUGGUCUUCCACCACCGGGAGCUGCAGACCGGGCAGGCCCGCCUGCCCCUGGCCCAGCGGCCGCCUGGGCAGCCCUGGGUGUGGGCCUCCCUGGAGUCGCCCAGCCACACGCACGGCCUCCACCGAUUCCGGGGCGUCUUCAACUGGGUGCUGAGCUACCGGCGGGACUCGGACAUCUUCAUGCCCUACGGCCGCCUGGAGCCCCGGGCGGGGCCCGCGCCCCCGGUGCCCGCCAAGAGCAAGGUGGCCGCCUGGGUGGUCAGCAACUUCCAGGCCCAUCAGCGGCGUGUGCAGCUGUACCGGCAGCUGGCGCCCCACCUGCCGGUGGACGUGUUCGGCCAGGCCAACCGGCGGCCGCUGUGCGCCGACUGCCUGCUGCCCACCGUGGCCCGCUACCGCUUCUACCUGGCCUUCGAGAACUCGCAGCACCGCGACUACGUCACCGAGAAGUUCUGGCACAACGCCCUGGCGGCCGGCACGGUGCCCGUGGUGCUGGGGCCCCCGCGGGCCUCCUACGAGGCCCUGGUGCCGGCCGACGCCUUCGUGCACGUGGACGACUUCGGCUCGGCCCGCGAGCUGGCCGCCUUCCUGCGGGGCAUGAACGAGAGCCAGUACCGCAGCUACUUCCGCUGGCGGGAGUGGUUCCAGGUGCAGCGGGUGGCCAGCUGGGAGCAGCGCUUCUGCGCCAUCUGCACCCGGUACCCCCACCUGCCCCGGGACCAGGUCUACCAGGACCUGCAGGGCUGGUUCCAGGCCUGAGGGCCUCGGCCCGGCUGGGAGCAGGCGGGGUGGGGGCUCAGCUGGGCAUUUAAAGC